UACGGACUGCGACCCGGAAGUGGAAGCGGGAGGGCGGUCCUGGCCCGGAAGUGCUUGGUGGGAGGGUCAAUAUGCCGCUACCCGUUCAAGUCUUUAAUUUACAGGGUUGCUUCACUGUGCCAUCUGAGGUGACAAUAUAUGGUUAUAUGCAACUGGGGAAUGUGGCUCAAUAACACAAAUGUGAAAUUAAUGAAGGCCUCCAGUGACAAAGAGAAAAAGCCAGAACAAAUGAUUCUAGCCCUAUCAUGCGCCAGUGACCUGGGCCAUGGGAAGGAGAUGCACAGAUGAAGGGGCAUUGCUGAAAAGAUUCUCCCUGGAAGAGGCCACCUUCCCACCCCAUCUAUAAACUUAGGAGCAGAGUUAAGCCUUCACUGAAAACCUAAACAAAGGAUGGACAACUCCUGGGAUUCAAUCCCUCCAACCUUACCCCAGGGGUUGAAUAUCUCCUGCUGCUCCAGUUGCUGUCAUUGGCAAAGUUUGCUGCUGCACUGGGUGCGGUAGAGCCCAUGCAGAUUGAUGUAGACCCUCAAGAAGAUCAACAAAAUGCACCUGAUAUCAACUAUGUGGUGGAGAACCCAACUCUGGAUCUGGAGCAGUAUGCAGCAAGUUACAGCGGCCUGAUGAGAAUAGAGCGGCUGCAAUUCAUUGCUGACCACUGCCCGCAGCUGCGAGUAGAAGCCCUCAAGAUGGCCCUCUCGUUUGUCCAAAGAACAUUCAAUGUUGAUGUUUAUGAAGAAAUUCACCGCAAGUUGACUGAAGCCACCAGAGAGUUACAAAACACACCUGAUGCUGUCCCAGAUGGAGGGAUAGAGCCGCCUCCUCUAGACACUGCAUGGGUUGAGGCCACCCGCAAAAAAGCACUUCUCAAAUUGGAAAAGCUAGACACCGAUUUAAAGAACUAUAAAGGGAAUUCAAUCAAGGAAAGCAUAAGGAGAGGCCAUGAUGACCUGGGAGAUCACUAUCUUGACUGUGGGGAUCUUAGCAAUGCCCUCAAAUGUUAUUCACGAGCCCGAGAUUACUGCACCAGUGCAAAGCAUGUCAUUAACAUGUGCCUCAAUGUUAUCAAGGUCAGUGUUUACCUUCAGAACUGGUCCCACGUCUUGAGUUAUGUCAGCAAGGCAGAGUCAACGCCAGAAAUUGCAGAGCAAAGAGGAGAACGUGACAGCCAGACACAAGCAAUCCUCACCAAACUGAAGUGUGCUGCAGGCUUGGCUGAACUAGCUGCUCGGAAGUACAAGCAGGCAGCAAAGUGCUUCUUGCUGGCCUCAUUUGAUCACUGUGACUUCCCUGAGCUACUCUCCCCUAGCAAUGUGGCUGUAUAUGGUGGCCUGUGUGCAUUAGCCACCUUCGACCGUCAAGAACUGCAGCGCAAUGUCAUCUCCAGCAGCUCCUUCAAACUCUUCCUGGAGCUGGAACCGCAGGUGCGUGACAUCAUAUUCAAGUUCUAUGAAUCUAAAUAUGCCUCAUGUCUCAAGAUGCUGGAUGAAAUGAAGGAUAAUUUGCUGCUGGAUAUGUACCUGGCACCCCACGUGAAAACGCUUUACACUCAGAUUCGAAACCGAGCCCUCAUACAGUAUUUCAGCCCUUAUGUGUCAGCAGACAUGCGCAAGAUGGCCACUGCAUUCAACACAACUGUGGCAGCUCUGGAGGAUGAGCUCACCCAGCUGAUCUUAGAGGGACUGAUUAAUGCCAGGAUAGACUCCCACAGUAAGAUUUUAUAUGCACGGGAUGUUGACCAGCGCAGUACAACCUUUGAAAAGUCCUUGCUGAUGGGGAAGGAGUUCCAGCGUCGCGCCAAAGCCAUGAUUUUACGAGCAGCUGUAUUGCGCAAUCAGAUCCAUGUGAAGUCUCCACCAAGAGAAGGAAGCCAAGGUGAACUCACUCCAGCAAACAGCCAGUCCCGGAUGAGCACCAACAUGUGAAGCUCUUUGAAUCAUCAAAAGACUCUUCCCCACCCCCCACCCAGGGUCAUGUGUGUACCUUGUGUCUGCGCCACCAACUCUCACUUGGUGCCUUUUCAGAAUCUCUAGGUGUGGGAGGGGCAGGACCGUCAGGGGCAUGCCUUUAGAGUCUGAGAACUCCUCUUAGAAAAGAAACUUCCAUUAGAUGCAGCAUUUUCAAGAACAUAUGAGCAUGGCAGUGCUGGGGUGCGUGUUGUCUUUCCUCCAGGGUGUUUCCCACACAGAUGUUUCUCUUGGCUUCCUUCAGCUGCCAACAGAGCUUUCUGGUUUCCAUCCAGUAUAGCAUGAAACUAGAGGGACAAGUGUGUGCCUGUAUAAUUUCUUAUCCAGAUAGACACAUUGUCUCAGACCCUGCAAAUCCCUCUCAUGCAACAUCCAACAGAAUUUCUAUUCACUUACUGCAAGGUUUGUGUGUGUGCAUUUAUUCUGGGUCAACUCUACUUCAGUCUGUUCUUCCCAUUUUCAGAAUCCAUGCUCUGCCAUGUUCUCACAUCCUUGACCAGGUUUUGGCUAGUUUUGAUGUUCUUAUUGAGAUUUACUGCUGUGCUGUACAGCAGCUUCCUAGCCUGCUUGGGCACAAAAAGAGGGGGUAAAAUGGCAGGGAAGGGCCUUCACUUGCUUCUGGGCAAAAUCUUGCCUGACUCCGAAUUCCUGGAACCACUUCUUAUUUAUCCUUUGCAAAAACAAGGGUGGGGGCAGUGGCGUUAGUGGUCCCAGGCCAGACUCAGUUUGUGUUUUGUUAACAAGCAUAAUUUAAAUAUUUGAAUACACCACAGUUCUUUUCGUUCAGGGUUCAUCCAUUGGAGGUUUAUCCUGGGGACAAAGUUACACUUUUGGACCUAGCCCUUUACAAUUCAAUAGAUUUUCUUCAGACACUGUUAAUUCUAUUUAGUUUAAAACAAAGUUAUCUCCUAUGCAUUAAAAAGCAUAAUUGUAAAGACAA